AUUCGACAUUGUUAUUUAGUACCAUCUUUUGUAAAGUAAUCUGAAUAUUUAAUUAUUAAAUUCUACUUCAUAUUGAUCAUAAUGACAUGUUGAAGUUUUUGCUAGUUGACAAUCUAAUGGAUAAGUAUGGGGAAGGUUCAACACAGAUUCACAAAUGUCAGACAUGUGAGUAUGAAAACAAGAUUUACUCGGGAGGCACACACAUUACUGAAGGUGGUUCUCUGAUGGUGUAUGCAGAAGAGGAUGAAUUUGUCUGUCCAAAUUGCGACCCAAGUGCUGCUGAUGGAAAUGACAGUGAUGCUAGUAAGAGAGUAAAUAUAAUAAUAAUAUAUUUUAUUCCAUUGCAGCAUUACUGGUACAUAGGAUAUGAUACAAUAUAACAGAUACAUACAAACAAUAAAACUAUAGCUAUUCCUUAAUUACAAACAGUACAGUCAGAGAAAAUCUUAGUUAAAUGUUGUUCUUUAAGUUUCUAAUAAUUCUGUACUGUAGCUAGGCAAAGCCAUGGAUUUUAUAAUAAUAUUACUCAAUAUUUGAUAUUUCAUAUGCAUUCAACAUUUAAUUGUAGAUGAGAUAUGCCUGAAAUGGACUUAAUAUUUUAAAAAUUUUCUGGUGGACCAUGCCAUGACCAUCUAUCUAGUCAAAAAAGACUUUUAAAUAAAUGUGUACAUGUUGUGUUUUUGUGAAACAUUAAUGUACAUUACCGAGGCCGGUAGGGGGAAGAUACCCAAGGCCUGGAAGUCAGGGGGCCAGCAGAAAAUUACCAGAGUGCCAUACAUAGAGCGCAGCUCACAUGAGUGUUUGUGUGUGUGUAUGUGUGUGUGGAUGGGAGGCAAUGGUCACAAAUCUACCCUGGGGCAAUAUGAUGGUUCUUGCUAGUCAUGCAUGUAUACUAAAAAUUUUGACUAAAUGUUAAUAGGAGUGCCUGAGGUGAAUGACAGAAAAUUAGAAAACAAAGAAGAGAAAGACAUAAAAGAAAAAAGUACAACUGAUAAAAAGAUUGGAGCAUGGAAGAAGAGAAAGAGUACAGUUGAGAAAAGCACGGAAAUCGCUUUUAACUAG